UAACGCUAACGAUGGCUGCGGUAACAUUAACCCAUUUGGCGCCAGAGUAGCAAACAAUGUUUCACUUUAGUUUUUGUUCCCCCUAAUAUUACCGUAAGUUAAAAUAAUAUACUUAAAGUCGGUCCAUAACGUUAAACCUUUCUACAAGCCGAGGAAGCCUGGAAGGUUAAGCUACAAGCUAUUGACGUUAGCUAGUUAAAGUACAUUAACAUUAGUUAGCUAACAGCUAGCUAGUCAAUUUGCAUGAGUUAGGUUCGACUUCUGGUGGCCACAAACGUACAAGAAAGUCAACCAAGAAAAGCAUGUGGUGCAUCACGCAUUUAUCUUGAUAGCAGCAUCCAGUUAGAUAAUUAUUUUCACUUAAAUGAUUCUACUAAUGUUAACCUAGCCUUAAUGGUAGGCAACAUUGAGCUAACGUUAGCAGCAGUAGGACUCAUUAGGUAAGACACAGCAGACAGCCUUAACGUUAGCUAACUACUUUUCCUAGUGGCAAUUAAAUCCUGUUGAAGUAAAAAUACAACACAGCAAUGAAUUUAAAAUGUGUACUUACUGAAAAAAGAGCGCUUUGGGAACCCGACAGCAGGAGAUACGGCACAGCUUUCAAAAUGGAAGAAAUUCACACCGAAAGGGGGCCAUGCUAUCUAAAUGUGUAUCUAAGUCCUUCCCUUAAUCAUAGUGUGACAAUUUAAUAACACUAGCACACUAAAAUGUACUCAAAACUGGAGAGUAACUGGAUCAACUUCAACAUAAAUUGAUUGAAAGUUUAAUAUAACCUUUGAAAACAACCAUAGUAGGGGUAGCCUACUCUUAAAUAAAUAAAAAAAGAUUGUAUAUAUAAUUGUUAUAUAACCUUUUAAGGAUCUGCUUUAAUAACAGUUAUAAUAUUGUGAACUUAUGAAUAGAAUCAUUGAAUUUGAGCUGACUUUCAUCAUACAACAUCAACAUCAUGCUGCUGCUGUUAACAAAAUCAAAGUGUGCAAUUUCAGAUGCGUUGUCAUAGAUAAUUUGGUUGAUCAGUCAGCCCGUUAUUGUUAUGGAUGUGUGGUGUGGAGGACCCAAACGCACGCUCACGCAGCAGUUUUCAAACUCAAAGUGAGGACUUUAUUCUCCUAAAAUGCAAGGGGAAAAACAGCAAAGAAUAAAACAAACAAAACAACCACCAGAAUUGUCCAGCGAAUCCAGAAGACUCUCUUCCUUUGCUGGAGUCGGGAGGGCAACUCGACCGGACUCGGCAUAAACUAGGUGUUUCCAACAGCCGGAGGAUUCCUUCCCGUAAACAGAAGGAGAAGUUCGCCCUGGGAAUCAUUACACUCUUUCCUUCGCUAAAGGAUCCCUUUUCUCCAAUUGGCUAUGUAAGUUUUAAAAAAGUAUUAUUUACAGACUAGAGUUUUGGGGUUUUCUUCAAAACACCAAUAGAAUAGAUAUACAAACAAAACACAGAACAUAUUAUAUAUAUUUGAUGGACAUUGUUAAAAGGUUAAUUUAAGAAAUGAUGUAAAAUCGACUUACUUAGACUGCAAAAAAUAAGUGUAAAAGCAGUACAUUUACUGAAUUCUGCUGGUUACCUUGGAUAUCUGCACCACAUUUCAUGGCAUUCCAUCCAAAUAUUUGCAUAUUCUGGAACACGGUGAUCAAAGGCACAGAACUUAUAGCACUAGAACACUCAGUUAGUUCCCUUAGAUAUACUGCAGUCUUGAAGCAACAAGCACUAGAAAGGUGUUAGAAAGGUCUUCAGCAGUCUUCUUAUAAUGGGCAAAAUAUUAGGAAAGCUCUUCAAAGCUGAGGAGAAGGACGUCAUCCCUGGAGAAGUAAAUAGAGAAGAGACUGAAGAUGGGGAAAGCCGACAGAGGGGGGAAAGCAGGCAACUGGACCCCAUCUCCUGUGAGGAUAUUAGUGUCGUCCCUGGACGACUAAAAAGGAAACAAACGGAAGAUGGGGAAAGCCUACAGAGGGAGAAAAGCAAGAGACUGGUCCCCAUCCCCUGUGAUAAUGAGUUGAAAUCCAACUCAAAGGAUAUUAGUGUCGUCCCUAGACGACUAAAGAGAAAACAAAUGGAAGCUGGAGAAAGCCUACAGAGGGAGAAAAGCAAGAGACUGGACCCCAUCCCCUGUGACAAUGAGUUGAAAUCCAACUCAAAGGAUAUUAGUGUCGUCCCUAGACGACUAAAGAGAAAACGAAGGGAAGAUGGGGAAAGCCUACAGAGGGAGAACAGCAAGAAACUGGUCCCCAUCCCCUGUGACAAUGAGUUACUGUCCAGCUCAAAGGACAUUAGUGUCGUCCCUAGACGACUAAAGAGAAAACAAAGGGAAGAUGGGGAAAGCCUACAGAGGGAGGAAAGCAAGAGACUGGUCCCCAUCCCCUGUGACAAUGAGUUACCUUCCAGCUCAAAGGACAUUAGUGUCGUCCCCAGACGACUAAAGAGAAAACAAACGGAAGCUGGGGAAAGCCUACAGAGGGAGAAAAGCAAGAGACUGGACCCCAUCAACUGUGAUAAUGAGUUAACAUCCAACUCAAAGGAUAUUAGUGUUGUGCCUAGACGACUAAAGAGAAAACAAACGGAAGCUGGGGAAAGCCUACAGAGGGAGAAAAGCAAGAGACUGGACCCCAUCCCCUGUGACGAUGAGUUGCCAUCCAGCUCAGAGGACACUGAAAGCAGAAACGCACCCGAGGCGGCUCUGAGCGAGAGAAGCGCUAAGAGGAAGUCGGUCGCCGAUGACGGACCGGUUCAGAAGGAGAUCAAGUUUCUAGACCCGUCAGCCAUGUUUAAGGCCAAGUACCAACUGCAGCAGAAACUUGGCCAAGGAGGAUUUGGAUGCGUGUAUGCUGGCUAUCGCAGAGAGGAUAAUCUGCCUGUCGCCAUCAAGCAUGUUAACAUAGACGAAGGGCUCUUCCUUCACCAAGAUAGUGAUGGGAACCUGAUGCCCAUGGAGAUCGCGGUCCUAUACAAACUAGGAGUCGAAUCAGAGCGGCAUUCAGCACACAUUGACCUACUGGACUGGUACGUUGUGGACAAGGAUCUGAUCCUGGUGCUGGAGAGACCGAUGCCGGCCGUAGACCUCAGCCACUACGUUGACGACAAAGGAGGCUUCUUGAAGGAAAAGGAAGCUAAGAUUAUAAUUACGCAGUUGGUGAAUGCAGCCAUUGACCUCCAGGAGAAGCACAUUUUCCACCGGGACAUCAAGCCGGAAAAUCUCCUUAUUGAGACCUGCAUGAACGCUCUGCGAGUUCGCGUCAUCGACUUCGGUCUGAGCUGCUUCGGCGGAGAAAACGACGCCUAUGACACCUUUUAUGGUACUCACUUCCCCCCAGAGUGGUUCAGUCGGCAGGAGUACAAAGCGGGACCCUCGACAGUAUACCAGAUCGGAGUGGUCCUGUUCUUCAUGCGACACAAGGUGGCAUCUCCACCGGCGAUGACCCUUCUGGACCUGAAGGAGACUAGAUGGCUUUCCGAAAAUGGCAAAGAUUUCUUUGAGGCGUGUAUAUGUGCGGACCCGGAUAUUCGUUUCACCCUGGAGCAACUGAGGAAUCACCCGUGGCUGAGAUAGUAUCACACACACACACACACACACAUCUUAAUUUACAGUUAAACCCUUACGCCCUUCACUUAUUCCUCAUACGUCUGACAAUCAAUUUUUACCCCCUGUCAUCGUAACACCAGCCGCGCAGAUCAGCUGGUCCACUCUAUUCAAUAAGCACAAGGAAACAAUGAUAUGGUUAGCCUAUCAUCUUGCUGCUGUCAAAUUUAAAUGUGACUGUCUCUCUACCGUCAGUUCAUUCAUGUUGCUGUUAUGCACAAUUCAUGCCGCUAAAAUGCGCGCUCCGCAUUCAUUUCUUUCAAGGUGAAGACAAUAAUCACAACGUCGCACCCGGAUCUUCUCCUCGAUAAUAUAAAUAUGGGCAGACUGCGGCCAGGAGCCUAGUCGCUGCCCAAACCGUAACAUUGUUCAAUCUCUGGCAUUUCCCUGUUCGACGGGAGAAGAAUUACCGUAAAUCCCGUAAUAGCGGCGGGCCUCAAAUAAUCUCUCUACUAUAAAGGCUGGUCCCAUCAUUUCCAGUCAAGAUGACUCAAAAGAUCUGAUCAAUACACAAUUCAGCCAAUCACAUAUUCAGCUAAUUACUCACAUUCAGGUAUUCUACUACUAAAUGUGAAUCUCUAAAAUGCCCGCUCCACAUUCAUUUAACUUCAAGCGUUCAUCAUUCAAGGUGAAGACAAUAAUCACAACGUCGCACCCGGAUCUUCUCCUCGAUAAUAUAAAUAUGGGCAGACUGCGGCCAGGAGCCUAGUCGCUGCCCAAACCGUAACAUUGUUCAAUCUCUGGCAUUUCCCUGUUCGACGGGAGAAACAUUACCUUAAAUCCCAUUAUAGCAGCGAGCCUCAAAUAAUCUCUCUACUAUAAAGGCUGGUCCCAUCAUUUCCAGUCAAGAUGACUCAAAAGAUCUGAUCAAUACACAAUUCAGCCAAUCACGUAUUCAGCUAAUUAUUAUAAAAUAUGGGCAGACUGCGGCCAGGAGCCUAGUCGCUGCCCAAACCGUAACAUUGUUCAAUAUGUGGCAUUUCCUUGUUCGACGAGAGAAACAUUACCUUAAAUUCUGUAAUAGCGGCGGGCCUCAAAUAAUGACUCAAAAGAUCUGAUCAAUACACAAUUCAGCCAAUCACAUAUUCAGCUAAUUACUCACAUUCAGGUAUUCUACUACUAAAUGUGAAUCUCUAAAAUGCCCGCUCCACAUUCAUUUAACUUCAAGCGUUCAUCAUUCAAGGUGAAGACAUUAAUCAGCAUGUCACACCCAGAUCUUCUCCUCGAUAUAAUAUAAAUAUGGGCAGACUGCGGCCAGGAGCCUAGUCGCUGCCCAAACCGUAACAUUGUUCAAUCUCUGGCAUUUCCCUGUUCGACGGGAGAAACAUUACCUUAAAUCCCAUUAUAGCGGCGAGCCUCAAAUAAUCUCUCUACUAUAAAGGCUGGUCCCGUCAAAGAUGAUUUAAAAGAUCUGAUCAAUAUACCUUUAAGCUUUUAUACCUACGGUCUUUUGAUUUGACCAAAAUUAUAAUGCAUUGAAUUUAUAUAGCGCUUUUCAUGAUACUCAAAGACACUUCACAUAAUUAUAACAUCCUCAAAGCUAAAAAUAAAUAAAUAAGAAUAACUAAAAUACAGGUCAAACAAAUAAAACAAAUAGGGACUUUCUGAGUCGCUCGGACCCUAAUAAAAAACAAACACAUUAAAAGCAGUUCUGAACAGGUGGGUUUUGAUUUGCGAUUUGAAUGAGGAAAGAUCAGUGCAGUCUCGGAUGAGUUUGGGGAGAGAGUUCCAGAGGGAGGGGGCAGAUAUAGAGAAGGCUCUGUCCCCCCACGUCCGGUGCUUGGUCCUAUGUGGGAUGGACAGGAGAUUGUCAUCAGAGGAGCGGAGCCGACGAGAUGGAGUGUGGUGGUGGAGCAGGUCGGUGAGGUAGGAGGGGGCCUGAUUAUGGAGGGCUUUGUGAGUGAGGAGCAGGAUUUUGUAUUGGAUCCGUUGUGGGACGGGGAGCCAGUGAAGGUUCUGGAGAACUGGGGUGAUGUGAUCACGGGAGCGGGAGUGGGUGAGCAGGCGAUCAGCAGAGUUCUGGAUGUAUUGGAGUUUGUUUAGGAUUUUGGAAGAUGUGCCAUAAAGAAUACUAUUGCAAUAGUCAAUUCUGGAGAUGAUGAAGGCGUGGAUUCGAGGCAGGAGAGAAGGAUGUUGUGAUUGAUGGUGUCGAAGGCUGCAGUGAGAUCCAGGAGAAGGAGAAUAUUGAGGUGGCCAGAGUCUGAGGAGAGGAGGAGGUCAUUGGUGACUUUGAGAAGGGCUGUUUCAGAACAUUGCUUUAAAAAAAAAAAAAAACGUGAAAAAUCGAGGCUGCCAUCAAGCGGCCAUCUUGUUAGUUGAAAAUUAUAAACUGAUCUGAUUAAGAACAUAGAUUGCGGCAAAAACUCGUACGGUAUUAUUAAUAAACGUUUUAAGAACAAUAGGUCCUUAAUACCAGUACCACAAAUACGAUACUGAUAUAUUUAUCCAUAAUAGUAAUAAAUAAAACUUCUGUAUGG